CUUGCAUGCAAAACCUAAGCGCCGACUUAGUUUAAUUGAUUGUACACAAAUAACCAAAGAAAAAAAAAAGGAUUCAUGUCCGCCGAAGAGAUCCUCGUCUCUUCUCGUCUGGCUUUCAUCAUCAAAUUUGCAUCACUUGAUCAAGUGUACGGUUAGAUACAGGGUUCAAAAGCAUCGCGUUCUGCUUUGCGCCUGUUUGCUCUUGGAGCUGAGGAAGCUGCCGCCAAAGGAAACGCCCGUUUCCUUCUCUCAUAGGUGGCCAUCACAAUCAAACAAACAAGCAAACAAAACAAACGCCCGUCAAUAUUUAUCUGUUCUUACACAAGGGGAACGAAUUUGUCCCAAAGGCAUCGAAAUCCUCUCCUCGCCAUCGCGAAAAGUGUUUGCUCACUAGGGAGAGGAACCACGUAGUUACAGCCAGGUCUCCAGCCCGCUCCGACAGAGCCACGGUACCAUCUCGCUAUGAACGGACAGUUCAGCCUUCUCGGCCGGGAACGUUCGCCGCCGCAACAACAGCAGCCCGAUCAAUUCAUCAUGGGUGUUGGAGGUAAUACGGUAGGCGGAAGCUCCGCUGGGGGCAGUUUGGUUAGCGGAAGCUUUAUGGGGUUUAUUCAUCGCUUUCAAACCCUCCAGAUAGCCAGGGACAGCUCCGAAAGUCUGAUCAAGGAUCUAUUGGUUUAUGCAAAGGAAGUCGAAGAUAAGCUUCGCACCGACAAUAAACGCCUGCAAAAUGAAUUAGAGGACACCAAGUUGGACCUCACCGAUGCCCGCGCGGCCCAACGCGACCUCCAGAUACAAUUACAGGAUGCCCAGAGCCGGGCGGCCUACUAUUCACAGGGAACAGAGCUUUACAGGAAUACAAAUCAAUACGUUGUUGCGCUGGUAGAUGGCGAAGGUCUUGUCUUCAAGCCCGAGUUCCUAAGACAAGGUGUUGAGGGCGGUAGGAGGGCCGCAACCACGUUCCGCAUUCUCAUCCUUGAGCAGUGCGGAGACCACGCCAACGAAAUUCAAGUCAUGGUCAAGAUAGUUGCCAAUCUCGCGUCGCUUGCCAAGGCAUUGAAAGCCGAUGGUUCCAUACAAAACGAGAAUGAUCUCCGAGACUUCUUUGUUGGAUUUUCCCAAUGCAUCUCCUCUUUUGAUUUUGUCGACAUAGGCACCGGGGCAUCCAACCCUAGCUCCAAGAUUAAAGAGGCUGCCAACUGGCAUAUGGGAAAUCUCAACUGCAGACACGUCUUGCUUGGCGUUUCGCAUGAUCCAAGCUAUGCGCAAUUCUUUGAUGAUGUUUUGGACGAUAAUACCAAGGAUUUGGUUACAGUCAUAGAAGGAGUACCCAUGGUCAGGGAACUGUCAAAGACCAUGGUCAACAAAAUCAACUAUACCAACAGCCUCUUUCGAUCUGACAAAAUCGGCAAGGUGGCGACGUCCGGCCCACCACCGGGCCUUGCCACAGUUGGCUCAAAUGAGAACGCACCGACGGCAAUAUCGUACGCGGGCGUUACUUCCGCCCCGCCCGUGAGCCCUCCCCCUACGCUCAAGCUGCCUUUGGCACCCAAACAGAUAAACGUUCCCAAAACGGUCAAGCAGCCGCCAUGGAACCCCGGUGCCCGUGGCCUUGACUCGCCACUCAAGGUGAACCAGUCUGUUCUGGAUAAUAUCAAGAAGAGAACUGGCAGCAGCAAGCUUUGCAACAACCAUUAUCUUCGUGGGCCGUGCGCCAAGAAGGAUACGUGCGGGUUUGAACAUAAUUACAAACCCAACGCAGAGGAGAAGGUCGCCAUCUCCUUCCUUGCCCGGUUGAAUCCGUGUACCAAUGGGCAGGAAUGCGACAUUGCGGACUGCAUUUACGGUCACCAUUGCCCAAGCACUGUUAAUGGUCAGUGUACGCAUCCGUACUGCAAGUUUCGUCCGGACGAGCAUCCUGCCGGUACCAAAUACAAGUCGACGUACAGAAAUGGCGAGGCUUAUAAUUAGCCGAAGUAUUCUUGAAACCAAUCAACCGGUCCAGUGUCUCGGGAUUUGAACCUCGUCGAUUGAACAUAUACUUAUUUUGAUAGUCUGGAUGAAUCAUCUUCCCCAGUGUCGCUUUUGCUCGAAGGAUUACCUAGUUUCUACGUCGGUAAGAGGGCCUAGCUGGAACAAGAGAGCCAUACUCACUACCGUUGACUGUUCCCAGGCAGGUGCAAUGUGCAUACAUGCUCGCAGCACCCAAAGCUUAUGCCAAAGUGAAGGAUUCUCGUAGUCCUGGGACCCAAUCAUUUGAUCAGUCCCUAUAUAGGAUCUGUCUUUGCAAAUAAGCAUUAACGCAACAGCAAACAUCCUCCAAGACGGCUGUAUGAAAUGAGGUCCUACCGAACACCGAUUAGGCGUAUAAACCUUGGGUAUCAUUCGUGAAAAAAAAAAAGAAACCAAUAUAAAAUACAAUUCUCCCCUAACACCGUUAAACCGGUCCCUGAUUCGAUGAUCUGUUCAUAUUCCCACUUUUGGGAACAGAAGCAAGAAGACAACCUAUACCGUUUUAACUAGAUUUUCU